CAAACCUCCUCUUCAAUAUCUCUUGUGGUACUGAGUCUACUGACAUUGCUUAUCUGGUGUACCCAAUUUUGUUCAGAGAAAACUGUUCGUUCCAUGAAACCAAGGAAGGACCAAACAGAAGAUUAGAGGAUCAUAAUUCAAAGACUGAAUAUGGAUCCAAUGCAGAUAGCUCUUCCCGUAGUGGGAAUAAUAGCAGCUGCUACAGUAACCUUCUAUGCUGUGAGCUUUUCAGAGCUCCGAGAGAAAUCUUUUAGAGACUUGGACGAGUCUGAUGAUGAAAAUGGAGGAUUUAACUCAUCUCUGAGCUCGAGAGAACGACGGGCCAGAAGGAAAGCAGAGAAAGAUGCCAAGAAAUGAGAUAUUUGAUGGAUUUCCAUUAUUUAGUCAUGGAUUCAAGUUUUAUUAGUGUACUCCCUUUCAUAUUUGUGAGACUUCCAGUCCCUAAAUGGAGUAUCCUGUCUCUCUCUCUCUCUCUCUCUCUCUCUUCGUUGGUCAUGGCAUAUUUGGUCUAUCUUCAAGACCUUUGAACCAAUAAGAUUCAGUGUUGAGUCCUUUAAAUCCAUAUCGAAAUUUACUCCAAAA